GUAUAUAUAGGUACAUACAUCGUAGGUAUAUUGUCGUCGUACUGGUACCUUUAAUUUGUCAAGAGUCGCUUCUUCUCUCUUGCCUUCUACCUGUAUGACAAAUCGCAGUGUUGACUAUAGCGAUCUGUCAUAAAUUACGUCACGUGGCUCUGUGACUCCGAAAUCCCCGAUGCUUAUCCAGCUCAAAGUUUCGAACUAACUUGCCAGUACAGUGCUUAGUGUCGUAUAUAUGACGCCGUAAUUGUCAUUUGCAUUGUUGAACCGUGCAUAAUCGUCUCUCUCACUCUGUGCUUCGUAUGUAUACGUUCGAUGGACUUGAAUGUUUAUCGAAUUUCAAACAACAUUAACAUUGGUGCGAGCAAGUUACUAUCUCUCUGUGUAAGUGUUAUACACUCCAAUGCAAUGGUGACUCAAACCAGUAAGCACAGUAACAAUGGGUGUAGAGCAGCGUAGUACUCAACAAUGGAAUUUUCUCAUUUCCUGUUAAUUGUAAAAAUUAAACUUUUGAAUUAUCACAUACCUAUGUGUACAAAAAAAAAUUGAUCGACAAGUCAAUCUGUAAUGCAGAAUUUUUAAAUUGCAUUAAAGCUAAUGUCAUUACAGUAUUAUUGAAAGUAGUAAUUGGAUUUUUUAUUUUAACCAAUGCGUAUACAAUAUUUUUUCCUGAACGAUGCCAAGGCAAUCAAUGUAAAUAGAAAAUAUUAAAAAGUCAAUAAACAUUUCAAAGUAUCAAAUAAAGUUUUGUGUGAACUGUGUCAUAAAAACGUUUUACUAGUCAAUAAACUUUUGCAGAAAUUUUAAUGACAGCAUUAAUCAGGCUAUCAUAUUGUUCUGGCCUAAUGAUACACAUUCCUAAAUGAUUAUGUGCAGCAAUUAACACUUCCAACUCUCAUACAUUGAUACAUCAAGCAAAAAGAUACACGUAUUUCUGUUUUGCAUAGUCACACGCGGGUUUGAAAAAAAAAAUUAUUCAAAGAUCAGUGACAAAAAACUAACUUAUAUUCUGUACAAAGCACAAAGCUAAACCCAAGCAGAAUCACUGUAUAGCCUGUUCCAAGGAGUGUAUACCAUUACAAUGUUCGAUAGCGCGUGUGUGCACAAUCAGCCGAUUUCGACGUCUGUCGCGCGCUCCCGGGAAAGUUUGCGCGUAUAUAGAGUAUAAAGAGCAAUAGAUACACGUAUCUAUGGCCAAGCGAGCAUCACUUCCAGAUUACGCGACUACUAGCGAGAGACUGCGAAUGAUGCGAUUGCGCGCGACGAGCUUCACGAACGUUCCUCUUCCGCCGGCGAUUUUUUCAUUAUUGCAUUACACAUCGCUUCUCGCUACUUAUAUUUCUCUCCCAAGCUCGAGUUGAGCGCUGAUCGUUAGACGAGUGAUUGAGCUGAAGACGGCCGUUUCGUAAUGCGACUCAACUUCUCGGUAUACAGUGCGUUUGCUGGAAAGAGAAAGGAAAUAAGAGGAGGAGGAAGUUGCACUUCGAUGCUGGAUGUACAAUGUCUACUGAUUACGUAUCCAAGCGAGUAAUACAGUGUAUCAGUGUGCAGCAAACAAAGGACAAUAUCCGUGAAUACUAUUAUAACCACAUCAAUCAACUCGGGUGUGUAACAUGUGAUAUGUAAAGAGGAGCACAUCCAGAUGAAACCAUAGACUGACGUCUGGAAGUGUCAAAGGCGUUUACGAAAAAAUUGAAAAAUGCUCAAAAGCUGUUCAAACCAGCCAACGCAAUUAUGGUUUAUGGUGUUGACCAUCUGCGUUGGCUAUUUAAACGCCGACAUUUUAGUAUUCAAUGCAGAAGACACUCACAAAGUUGAACAAGGGUUUAGAGACCUGCCUGCAAGGUUUGGUGGUAUGAUACCAGCAGAAGGGAUCAAGGGCAUAGUGAUAUAUGCAGACCCCCCACAAGCAUGCCAUGAUAUAAAAAGUCCACCAACAAACAACACAAAAUACAGUGGCAAUAACUGGAUAGUAUUAAUCGCCCGACAAAAUUGUAGUUUUGAAGAUAAGAUAAGGAAUGCUCAAAAAGCUGGAUAUGAUGCUGCGAUUGUCCAUAAUGUCAACAGCAAUGAACUUGAACCAAUGUCAGCUAAGGACUCAACAAACAUAACGAUUCCGUCGGUCUUCGUCAGUGAAUUCACGGGGUCGCUUCUCAAAGAGGUUUAUUUGUACGACGAAGGCUACUUCGUCCUUAUCAAUGAUUUGCCACUAAACAUCAAUACCCAUCUACUUUUGCCGUUCGCAAUCGUCGUCGGUAUUUGUUUUCUAGUCAUGGUUAUUUUCAUGGUUGUUAGGUGUAUCAAAGACAGGCGUAGGCAGCGACGACAUCGAUUACCAAAUUCAAGCUUAAAAAAGAUCCCGACGCAUAAGUACACGAAAGGCGAUCCUUAUGAGACAUGCGCUAUCUGCUUGGAAGAUUACGUUGAAAACGAAAAGUUGCGAGUUUUGCCUUGUGCACAUGCUUACCACACGAAGUGCAUCGAUCCCUGGCUGACGAAGAACCGACGAGUUUGCCCAGUUUGUAAGCGUAAGGUUUUUGCGGCAGACGAACGCGUCGAGACGGAUUCGGAGAGCGACUCAGACGCAGACGACUCAACCCCGCUAAUCCGCGACGGUGGACGCUCCGGUACUCAAGGUGGUACUUUCGAGCCGCAGACGGAGAACCCGUUCCGCAGGCCGCGCCAGCGUCACCGACGCGAUUCCCAGAACUCGGGCAGUAGUUAUGACUCAGCCGUUGGAGAGACGAACGCCGGUAACGAUGAGGCUGGUGGUGGCAGGGUCAGGGUAGAGAUCGACGACGGCGAUAGUAUCGGUCACGUUGAUUCUACGUCGCGCUCGGUCUUCUUGGUCUCGGAUUGUCACAGUAUAAAUGGUGAAAUGCCGGAUUUCGACAGAUCGGUUAGCAGCACUAAGCCGCAUACGGUGAAUUUAUCGGUGGACAUUGACGAAAAUUCUGCUCUGGAUGCCAAUCAUCACGCAGUCGAAAGACACGGGAGAGGUGCUCCAAGAGCUGGUGCUAGCAAUCCAAUACCACCAUCUGGUGAUUCCCGAACCCCUGUCACAGAUAUUAUAAGAUCAUUAUCUGAUGACAAUGAUGUUAUAGUAUAGUUUCGUUUCAAAUCUUCCUUCUUGGAAGUAUUAGAUUUUUUUGCGAACCACUCGAUAAAAAACAAACUAAUCAAUUGGAUCAAUUGGCAUUCAAUGACUAAGCGAUCUAACAUUCAGCGACCAGAGAUGUCUUGCACCCAAAGACAUUCGGAGCAUCUUAGAUUCUAACCUACAGAAAUGGAGACUGCAUGUUUUGUGUAACUAUGAAUAUGACGAUACAUUUUUAUUCUCUAGAGGAAAUAUAAAUGAUAUGAGCUAUGGGUUGUAAGCAUCGAUCAUGCAGAGAUUAUGCAUCAAGCUGAUUCAGUUCUCAUGUUUAUUACCAAAAGUGAUAUACGCCUGCUUUCAAGUACAAUUAGAUUUGAUUUAUAUGAACAAAGAAGGUUUUAAAAAAUAAUGGCGAUAGUAACAAUUUUUAUUAAUAUUAUUAUUAUAAAUAUAGAAAACUACAAAUUCCGAUUGACUUUGUUGGCGCAUUAGCCUGUGAUACAGGGAUGUAAAUAUUAUUAUUUUGUUGAUGUGGCAAAUAUUCAGACCAAACACUGGAAGAUUCCUCCUCUAUGCGGGAACUAGUUUAAAUCUUUAUCUUAUUACAGUUUUUAGACACGGAUUUAUCUACAUAAUUAUACGUAUAAGAGGUUUUAUGUUUUCCGUAGUGAAAGGCAACUUCCUUCGACUCGAGUCUUUAUUACUUGAUAAGAAAAAUAAAUCUCAUAAACAAAAUGUUGUAGAUGGUAAUAUUUCUUAAGUGUAUAUAAAGUUAUCAAUAAGGGCGAUAAGACGUUUUGUAAUCUUGAUAAAUUUUAGACAGAAUAAAAUACGGCGUAAAUAUCUGUGGAUCUGUGAAUUCUUUUGGGCAGAAGCAAAGAAACACGAGCUCUUGACGACAAGCUUUUAUUCUUCGAAAAAUUCUUGAUAUAGAAAUAACAAGCAAAUUUAAACACUGAAGGCUUCUAAUGUAUUCGAAGUGACGAAAGCCAGAGCAUAAAUAGUCGCAUACCCAGUCGCACGGGUCGCAUUCGUAAUCUCUAAAAAAUGUGAUCGUUGAUUAUUGUUAUUUUUAUUGCCACGAUAUGUCGUUUAUUCACGGGCAACAUCUUGUUUAAAAUGCCUCAAUGUUAAAAAUAACAUAGAUAUUUUCACUCGGCAAUUCACGGAAUUCCGGUUUCAAAGUUGUUUUUAUUCUCAGCAAAUUAAAAUUUUUUUUAUAAAAAAUCGUACAGUAGACAUAAUGAAUACUGGCAUUACACUGACAUCACAAUGAAUUAGAUAAAAUGUAAUUUUAAUAAUUCUACUCUUUGAAUGGAAAUCGGGUCACUCAUGGGAAGGCACAUUAGUUAGUUUUGUAUAAAGCCAUGUAAAUAGUUAUGCGCGGAAAACUUUGUUGAUGAAACGAUGUGCUAUGUUUUGAGCGAUUCACAAUAUAACUAAGAUUUGAUAAGUGAAAUGGAUAUGCUGAGCAGUGAAAGCAUUUUACAUGAUGAACGGCAUCGCUAUAUGAAUUUUAUAAUGUAAAACAAUAAAAAUAAAUCAUACUAACUUA